CUCCCGCCGGGCCGGCGCGUUGGCGCCGCGUUCUCCGGCGCCGCCCGGGAACUACAGCCGGCGGCCGCCGGUGUGCGCCCGCGAGGAUGGCGGCUCCCCUGGUGCUCGUGGUACUGGUGGCCGUGACGGUCCGCGCCGCGCUCUACCGCUCCAACCUCGCCGCCUUCAUCUCCGAGCGGGUCGAAGUGUCGUCCCCGCUGAAUGCCUGGAAGCGAGUGGUUGAAGGACUAGCUCUGCUGGAUUUAGGAGUCUCGCCAUACUCGGGAGCUGUUUUCCAUGAGACCCCACUGAUUAUAUAUCUCUUUCACUUCCUGAUUGAAUAUGCUGAGUUGGUGUUCAUGAUAACUGAUGUGCUAACUGCUGUUGCCCUUUACUUGGCCAUCCAGGACUUCAACAAAGUUGUGUUCAAAAAGCAAAAGCUCCUGAUAGAACUGGAUAAAUAUGCACCAGAUGUGGCUGAACUCAUCCAGACACCCAUGGAAAUGCACUACAUCCCCCUCAAGGUAGCACUAUUCUAUCUGUUAAACCCCUACACUGUGAUGUCUUGCGUGGCAAAGUCCACCUGCGCCAUCAACAAUACCGUCAUUGCAUUCUUCAUUUUAGCCACAAUAAAAGGUAGUGCCUUUCUCAGUGCUGUGUUCCUGGCCUUAGCAACAUACCAGUCACUCUACCCUCUCACAUUGUUCGCUCCAGCACUCCUUUACCUUCUACAGCGGCAGUUCAUACCAAUCAAACCGAAAAGCAAAAGCUUCUGGCUCUACACCAUGCAGUAUGCAGCCCUGUACCUGUGCAGCCUGGUGGUGAUCAUCUGCCUCUCCUUCUUCCUCCUCAACUCCUGGGAUUUUAUCCCAUCUGUUUACGGGUUUAUCCUUUCUGUUCCAGAUCUGACACCCAAUAUUGGCCUUUUCUGGUACUUCUUUGCAGAGAUGUUUGAACACUUUAGUCUUUUCUUCGUAUGCGUGUUUCAAAUCAAUGUGUUCUUCUACACCAUUCCCUUGGCAAUAAAGCUAAAGGAGCACCCCGUGUUCUUCAUGUUUGUCCAGAUUGCAAUCAUUUCUAUCUUCAAGUCCUAUCCCACUGUGGGAGACGUCGCACUGUACAUGGCAUUCCUUCCUGUCUGGAACCACCUUUACAGAUUCCUCCGGAACAUCUUCAUCCUGUCAUGUGUGCUCAUUGUCUGCUCCCUCCUUUUCCCUGUUCUGUGGCAUCUAUGGAUUUAUGCAGGAAGUGCCAACUCCAAUUUUUAUUAUGCCAUCACGCUGACUUUCAACAUAGGGCAGAUCCUGCUCGUCUCGGAUUAUUUCUAUGCCUUCCUCCGGCGGGAAUACUACCUCACUCAUGGACUCCAUUUGACAAGGCCAGAUGGGACAGAAGCCAUGCUUGUUUUGAAGUAAGGAUAGUGCCCACCAUUCCCGGGACAUGGACCACUCUAAGGAACAUGCAAAGCUUGAGGUGUGUGGGGUGGGUGGGGAAGGUUCCCUGGAUGAGGUCUGACUUUGGGAAUGAUGCCUGCUGAAAGAAAGGGCUGAGGUUCUUCUGGGAAUACCCUCCUGAGCUAUGGGCUCAGUGCAGAGACUAAGAGCUACGAGUAGGAGCUGCAGUGCCUCCGUUGGAACAUCUCCCUUCUUCCCUAAGCUGUGCUUUUCACUGCGACCUCAGCCAUCACCUCGGGGCAGUCCAGCAGGAACUGGAGCAAGCACCUGAGCUAAAAUCAGGGCUGCAUCUCUGGCCCAGGAAGAGCUCAGACCCUAAACUGUUCACUUUACUGUUACUGCUUCUGGAGAUGUUUGCUUCUCCAGGAAAUUUCCCCUUCACUGCUUUGACCAGUAACGCUCCUGCUUGGCACAAGGCAAUCUCUAGGUACCUGGUUGCUAAGCUCUGGCUGCAGCAGCCACGUGUUGGUUCUGCUGUGGGAUCUGGAAGAAUGGUGUGUGCUCCCAUGCAAUAGGUGAAACGAAUGGGUGACCAAGGAUGACUGACCUGUUGGAAGGAGGACGGCUGGAGCUGCUGCCACAGGUAAUAAUCUUGGUGCUCAGACCCUACUAAGAACUGGAACUGGGGUGGAAAGCAGGGUGGGCACCAGGUAACUGCUAUAUCCUGUUGAAGCAACAGAGACACCUUCAUCUCAGGAGCUGCAGACAGGAGCAUUACAGGGUCUCAGAAGAAGGCACUACUGUGCAGAUAGGCUCCUGCUACUCCUUGUUUUUGUAGGGUAGCAAAGCCAGCAGUGCAGGGCUCACACUGUACCUUUGUGAUUGCCUGGGGCAGCAGCCUGGAUGUGGAGAGCGCAAACUGCCAGCCCCAGCUGACACCAGGAGGUGUCAGCAUCUCCCCUUAGGGCCCCAGACCAAAUCCAGAAGGAGCCUCACCUGCUGCUGUGUGGAGUAGUUGCGCUCCAGGUUUUCCACAGCCACUUCACACUACGGGACAUGCACUUCCCUGUGUUUACCCUCUUGCAAGUAGAGCGAUGGUGGCUGCUGGCUGUGUGUGGAGGACUCCACUGAAGUACCCCUUGGUUCCCCCAUGGCUCCCAUCUAUCUGCACUCAGACCUGCUCACUUGGGGGCUGCUGCUACUGCUGACCCCAUGAAUGUGAACCUCAGGCACCUUCUUGCUCUGCUCAUUGCGUGGUGGCCCUGAGAAGCAGUAACUGCAGGGGGAAAGCCUCUCUCUGGUGCUGGGGCAGCAGGCAGGCAGCUUCCUAUUGACCCUAAGGGCUGGAAAUGUGACAACAUCAAACCACAGCUGGUACAGAGCACCUGAGAGAUGGGACAUGCCCAUGUAAACACAUCUCCUUCCUUUCUGGACAGUUAAAACUUUUGCCUUACUGCACUGCUAUUGGCGCUUUGGGGGGGGGUGUUAGUCCAGGGCCAGCUCGGCCCCUCUGGCUGCAUAAGAGGAGCAUAAUAAACUACAAUUUUAGACAC